AUGUUUACAUUUGCCUGGGGCCUGUACAGCGCGCUCUUUACGGAUCGCACGUACAAGGUGCUUAUUGUUGGUCUCGAGUCCUCCGGCAAGACGACACUGCUGGAACAGGUGAAAUGUGUUUACGCAACGAGCAGUAGUGCUGCUUCGCAGGGGAGGUUGGGCGUGGAGAGUUCCGUCAUGCCCACGCCGGCGCCUGUAAGCGUCAUGAAGGCAAAAUGCAUACGCCCCACUGUAGGUUUGAAUAUGAACCGCAUCACCCACCGCACCAUUCCGGCGCGCCUGUCGGCGUCCUCGAGACAUGGGAGUUUGAGUCACGACAAAGAUGAUGAUGUGCCGAGUUCCAGGUCCACAAACUCGCUGUCCUCAAGUGUGCCGCUUAGUGCCUUCACACCGGUCACCACACGGCUCAUGCUGUGGGACGUGGGUGGCUCAAUGCUGAAGCUUUGGGCAAACUAUUUUGCCUCCUGCCAUGGUGUCAUUUUUGUGGUGGAUAGCACUAUAGGGACCACCGCCGCUGCAGGUGCAAGUGCCUCUGCCCCUCUGGCGGCGGUGGCGGAGGUUGGCGAGCAGGCCGCCGCAUCCUCGGGGCGGUCGUGUGUGAGCUCAUUGGACGCGGAGAAUCUGAGCUCCACCUUUUCCCCAGACGGGAUCGUGACGUCACUGGUGUCGGCUCCGUGCGCCGCGGCGGAGAGGGCGGAGUCGCCGGCGCCCCACCAGAUGGAAGAAAAACGGAGAAGUGUUCAGCGCCAGGCCUUCGCGCGGAACGCGGCUGUGCUCCGUGCGUUAUUUCGUCACCCACUCUUGACGAACGCACCGCUGCUGAUUCUAUCGAACAAGGCCGAUGUCGUGGGUCACUGCCCGCUCGCUGAGGUGCAGGAGGCUCUUGGCUUGGUUGAAUUGGCCCUUAUGCACGAGUUGUAUGAUAGAGGGAGUGCGAGUGGGAAGUCUCACUCUGCGGCGACGGCGGACGACGCGGAUGAGUUCUUUGACCCCCUGCCGGUUAGUGACCACCCGCGCAACGGCGUGGACGCCGCCGGGACGAGCGGUAUUGGAAGCAAAAUCAUGCGGCUGGCAGAGGUGAGUGCGCUGGACGGUUCUGGGGUACGAGAGGCGAUGGAUUGGCUUGUGUUUCAGAUGCGGGACAACGCGCGGGAGGUGGUGGAAAAUGACAAGUGA